UGUAGUUCCUGACGCACCUCAGGCCGGAAAUGACGUUCCCCAACCGACGGGCGGAGGCCGUUAACGCUGCGCGUGAGGGCGCUCCGCUCGCUGAUUGGCGGAGAGGCCCAGGGGGCAGCCGCGCGGACAGAGACUCCCGGAGCCAGGGGAUAUUGGGGUUGAGCUUCCUGGUUCAGACGCUGCUGCCUCGAUUGUGAUCUGGGAGCCCAGGCUGAGCAGCUGCGGCUCCCCCAGCGGGAUCGGGGCUGGGGAGUGACCGUGAGUAAAGCGUCCUCUGUGCCCAGCCAAGGUGAGGAUUUUCUCCAGCUGUAAUUAGCCCCAUGGGGCAACCCAAGGCUCUGCCCACUCCAGCGUCUGAGCCAGAGACUCCAGGUGAUUGAUCGAGACCUCAGGGAACGGGCAUGAAAGUGACUCUGCACAAACAGCCCCUCCUCACCCCAUGUCUCUCCUCCCUUCAGCAAUUGCAGGAGCCGAUCCAGCCAUAGGAGAGCGAACCCCCAGCAUUGGCUGCCAGCCAGAGACAGGGGAAGGGAGACACAAGGAGAAAAAGGAGAGAGAGAGAGACUGAAAAGGGCAAUGGGAGAAAUAAUUGGGGAGAGAGAUUCCCAGAUUUCUGACCGGCCCACGCACGCUUAUUGCCGCAUCCCUGGGCAGAUUCACUUUGCUACGAACAAGAUGAGGUGCAGGGGGAGGAAAAGCCAGCUCCUGACUCUCCCUGUAUCCCCUGCUGUAGGAGUGUGCUGCCCUGGGGACAAUGUCAGGGGGAAUCCCCCAAUGUCACUCCUUUUAUUCUGCUCUUCUCUCCCAUUCGGUUCCCAGACUUUGUUACUGGGAGGGUUUCAGAAUGUCUCGGUGGUUUAGUGCUAGUGGGAGGGGCUGGUUAGUGCUGUAAUCAAGUGGCCAGACGUUUCCCCAGCAUAGAAUCGUAGAACUGUGGGGCUGGAAUGAACCACGAGAGGGCAUCUAGACCAGCCCCCGGCACUACGGUGUUUGUCCAACCUGUCCUUAAAAACCUCUAAUGAUGGGGAUUCCACCACCUCUCUUGCUAGUCUAUUCCAGUGCUUUAUUAGGUUUUUUCACAAUUGAGUCAUGUGGUUGACUCAGAUUCAAUUUGUGAUCCACUCUAACCCCCGAUCGUUUUCAGUAGUACUACCUCGUAACCAGCUAUUUCCCGCUUUGUAGUUGUGCAUUUGGUUUUCCUUCCCUAAGUCUAGUACUUUGCACUCGUCUUUAUUGAAUUUCAUCUCAUUCCUUCAGCCCACUUCUCCAAUUUGUAAAUGUUACCUUGAAUUCUAAUCCUGUCCUCCAAUGUGCUUGCAACCCCUUGCAACUGCUAUUAUCUGCGUAUUUAGACAGCAUGCUCUCCAGUCCAUUAUCCAAGUAAUUAGUGAAAAUAUUGAAUAUAUCAGAUCCAGGACUGGCCCCUGGGCACCCCAUUGUAUACAUCCUCUCAGUUGGACAGUGAACCACUAAUGAUUCCUGUCUGAGUACAGCCUUUCAACAUUUUCACCCAUUUUAUAGCACUUGCAUGUACACCAGAUUUCCCUAGUUCACGGUGAGAAUGUCAUGGGGGCCUGUGUCAAAAGCCUGACUAAAAUCAAGAUAUGUCCUAUCUACAGUGUCCCCUGGAUCUAUAAGUCCAGUACCCCUGUGAAAGUAGGAAAUUAGAUUGACUUGGCAUUAUUUGUUUUUGCAAAUCCAUGCUGGCUAUUACUUAUCCCCUUACUGGCCUCUAGUUGCUUACAAAUUGAUGGUUUAAUAAUUUGUUCAUUCCAGGUAUCUAAGUAAGACUUGGCUUUAUUCCCCAGUCCUCUUUGUUCCCCUUUUAAAAGAUCAGUACUCUGUUUGCCCUUCUCCAGUCUUCACUGUUCUCCAGGCGUUCUCAAAGAUAAUUGCUAAUGGUUCUGAGAUUGCUUCAGCUAAUUACUUGAGCGCCCUAAGAUGAAUUUUAUGGCUGACUUUAACAUAUCUAACAUGUGUAACUCUUCCACAGCAAUUUGUCCAUGAUUCAAAUUUUUGUAGGAUUCCUUUUUAUUGUCUGGUCAUGAAAGAGCUCCUAACGGAGCCAUAUUCGCAGUUUACUAUUCUUUCUGUCUUUCCUUCCCAUUGGGAUAGUUUGCUGUUUCUCAGAGACAGCAUUAACGGAGCAACGGCCAGCUCUCCUGAGCUUUAGUCUCCUUAGAAUCUUAUUCCCGUGGGACUUCACUGUGACAGGUUUGGGUCCUUUGGGGUGUCACCUGAUGUGCUGGGGUGCCACUGAGGCAGCCUAUUCUACCAGCCUCGGUGCCCUUUACCUGGCUGGGUUAGGCUCACAAGCCUGUUCCAGCCAAGCACACGGGCAGGGCCCUGCUCAGCUGCACAGAAAGAAAGAGAUCCGCUCUGGAAAUACUCAGCCUUAGGGACUUGCCCUAGCACUCUGGUGCCCACUCCCUUUAAGUGGUACAGACUCAAAGGAUUUUAUGAAAUUUGCCCCCUCCCUCAAUGUCGAGGGAUAUAUGCACAACUUCUUGCCUCCCACAGGUAGAAAUUAUAUAAACUGGGUUAAAUUAUAAACAAGAAAUAAGUUUAUUAACUACAAAAGGUGAAUAUAAGAGUUAACAGACAGAACAAAUCAGAUUACUGACUGAAUAAAGCAAAAUACGCAAGCUAAGCUUAAUAUACUUAAAAAACAGGUUACACAAUGUAAUUUCCCGAAAUGUUAUUUUAGGCAGGUUGCAAUGUUUCUGUGUUUCAGAGUUCCAGUUAUAUUUCUUUUCAGACUGGACCCGUCUCAGUCUGGACUUCCCCCCGCCCAGGCCUUCUCUUCAGGUGGCUUUAGCAGUCUUUCUUCUUGGGUAGACAGGCCUUGGAGAGGAGUCGUUUUAUUUGCCUACCUCCCCAGCCUUAAAUAGGAUUUACAUAAGGUGGGAAUCCUUUGUUUCCCAAACUUGAUCCCCCUUCCCUUCCAGUGGAAAGUUACAAGAAGUCCCAGGUAAUGUUGAGUAUCCGGUGACAAGACCACCUGACUCUGUAGUAUCACAGCGUCCAGGAGUCAGUGGCAGUAUGGAGCCUUUUCACAGUCCAUUGUUCUUGCUGAUGGUCCAUCCGCCCUGUCUGGCUUUUCCAUUGUUGUACCUGAAGUGUGAGCAGUGGGCGUCACCCAAAGUAGCAUAGUUGAAAUACAGAUACAUAGUCAGUAUUCCCAACUUCAGAUAUAGAAAUGAUACGUGCACACAAAUUGGAUAAUCGUAGUCAGUAAAUUAUAACCUUUCCAAUGAUAUCUUACAAGACCCAUCUUGCACAGAGUACAUCUCGGUUAUCUCCUAUUCAUUUCAUAAGCAUAUUUUCAUAAAGAAUAUGGAGGGAAAUGUCACACUCACAUACCAGUUUUCACAGUUUGUUGAAGUCUGCUUUUUUGAAGUCCGUUGUCCUUAUUUUCCUGCUCUAACACCUUCCUUCUCUUAGAAUCACAAAAUCAUCAUUUCAUGAACACUUUCGCCCAUAUAGAUUCAUAGAUAUUACGGUCAGAAGGGACCAUUAUGAUCAUCUAGUCUGACCUCCUGCACAGUGCAGGCCACAGAAUCUCACCCACGCACUCCUGCAAUACACCUCUCACCUAUGUCUGAGCUAUUGAAGUCCUCAAAUCAUGCUUUAAAGACUUCAAAGUGCAGAGAAUCCUCCAGCAAGUGACGCGUGCCCCAUGCUACAGAGGAAGGUGAAAAACCCCUAGGGCCUCUUCCAAUUUGCCCUGGAGGAAAAUUCCUUCCUGACCCCAAAUAUGGAGAUCAGCUGAACCUUGAGCAUGUGGGCAAGAUUCAGCAGCCAGAUACCUUCCAUUUCCUAACUAACUCCCACCUGUUAGUCAGAAUCAACCCUAAAAUGCCCAUCCCCCUGGUUACUGCUUCCAUCUUCUGAAGUAAGCAGAUGUCCCCAAUAAAUUCUGAGAACUUAUUGGACACUUUGUGUUUGUUUGAAUUCCUUUUCUAACAAGUGUCUUGGUAGUUAAAGUCCCAUGUCUUUCCCCCAUCCCCCCCAUUACUAAUUGUGUUUUGAAUAUUUCUCUUAUUUGCAUGACAGAGUCGAGAACAUCAGUCUGCAGGGAAAGAGCCGGGGGGAAUUGUGAUGUGACGUUACUGUCCUGUUCUGACACGUCCCCUUCUUGCCCUGACAAGCUGCAACGUUACAUCCCAUCCUUCCAGGGACCAGGGAAGGGAAAUGGCUGCCGUGGGGCCAGUUCAGGGGCCGGUGACUUUCGAGGAGGUGGCUGUGUAUUUCACUGAGGAAGAGUGGGCUCUGCUGGACCCCGCUCAGAGAGCCCUCUACGGAGACGUCAUGCGGGAGAAUUAUGAGAAUGUGACCUCGCUGGGGUUUCCAGUUUCCAAACCCGAUGUCAUCUCCCAGCUGAUACGAGGGGAAGAGCCGUGGGCCCCAGAUCUCUGGGGCUCAGAGGAAAGAGAGAUCCUGAGAGGCAGCCGCGUGGGUGAUGGGAUGGUGAGAGAGACCAUGGAGCAGAAUCCUCAGCAGGAAGAGGAGCAAGUGGAAUCGCAGGGGACGUUAUUGCAAAGAUGCACAGGGAGUGUGUCCAGGAGUUGUGAGCAGGGAAAAGGCUCUCAGGGGCAGCACAGGCCAGAGAAGGGGCAGGGAAACCAGCACAGGCCAGAGAAGGGGCAGACAGUUGGAAUACCUGUUAAUUAUCGGGGAACUCACAAAGGCCUCAAGGAAACCACGUCCCAGCAGAGAAUCCUGACGGGAGAGAGAAAUAACACGGGCUUUGAGUGUGGGAAAAAGUUCAGGAGGCGCUCACACCUUAUUAGCCAUCAGAGAAUCCACACCAGAGUGAGAUGCUGUGAGUGUGGGAAAACCUUCACUCAACACUCACACCUUAUUCGCCAUCAGAGGAUCCACACAGGGGAGAAACCCUAUGAAUGCUGUGAGUGUGGGAAAAGCUUCGCUCGGAGCUCAGGCCUUAUUACACAUCAGAGGAGCCACACAAGAGAAAAACCUUAUGAAUGCUGUGAGUGUGGGAAAACCUUCGCUUGGAGCUCAGGCCUUACUGGGCAUCAGAGGAUCCACACAGGGGAGAAACCUUAUGAAUGCUGUGAGUGCGGGAAAACCUUCGCUUGGAGCUCAGGCCUUAUUACACAUCAGAGGAUCCACACAGGGGAGAAACCCUAUGAAUGCUGUGAGUGCGGGAAAACCUUCACUCGGAGCUCACACCUUAUUCGGCAUCAGAGAAUCCAUACAGGAGAGAAACCCUAUGUAUGCUGUGAGUGCGGGAAAACCUUCGCUCAGAGCUCACACCUUAUUCGCCAUCAGAGGAUCCACACAGGGCAGAAACCUUAUGAAUGCUGUGAGUGUGGGAAAACCUUCUCUCAGAGCUCAGGCCUUAUCGUACAUCAGAGGAUCCACACAGGAGAGAAACCCUAUGAAUGCUGUGAGUGCGGGAAAACCUUCGCUGGGAGACCAGAGCUUAUUACACAUCAGAGGAAGCACACAGGAGAGAAACCCUAUAAAUGCUGUGAGUGCGGGAAAACCUUUGCUCAGAGCUCAGGCCUUAUUACACAUCAGAGGAUCCACACAGGAGAGAGAACCCGAUGAAUGCUGUGAGUGCGGGAAAUUCUUCCAUCACAGCUUUUCUCUUAUUUAUCACCAGAGAAGCUGCAAGGGAGAUAAACACCAUGAAAAUCUUGUCUAGGGCUCAGAAAAGAUGGUUUUUUCUUUUUCCUAAUUCCCAAGUAGUGAACUUUAAGGCAGCACUUGUGGCGUCUCAGUUCCUUCAGGUGAGUGCUCUGCUUUUCCCUUUUGCAGCUCACCCUUCCUUGGAAUGAAGCCCACAGUGUUUUUCAUCAGCUCCUUUGUUCUGUGUCAUGGAAGUGUGCGUCCCUCCAACAAGAAUGCCCAUCAGUCCCAGGUGGGGAAACCAGGAGUGACCUUUACUAGGUAUAUGGAGGUUAAAUCUACCUGGGCUUUGACUCCACUAGGCUUUUCCAUGGAGUUAGCUAGAUUGAAUUAGCGAUCCUGAUGUAAAAACACAACUAUUUUUUCAAGAAAGAAAAUAGCCCAUGUAGUGGCCAGGGUAACGUAGCAAAUUUCCUCACCACUGGACACAACUUCCAGCACUUUUCCUAGUCUAACCAAAUUUGGAGCAUCAUGUUUAUACUUUUCCUCCUACUACAAAAUGAUUGUUAGUCUUCAGGUUCCCCCAUUAGGGACAGAUUGCCUCAUUCCCAGUUGUUCCCACAUUGCACUGGGUUCUGCUCAAUAGCAAUUGGGUUUUGUACCAUUUUUCUCAAUGUAAAUAUAACAGAGAAGUUGCAGGGAUAGAGGGUGUGACUAAGUGGGGAUUUUUCCUUAUGUUGUUUGCGAGUCUUGCUGUCAAGCCUAUGUGAGUUUUACUGUUUUGCAUGAAUACUGUGUGUGCUGCAGUUUUCCUGUGUGCUGCACCCAUACCUCAGUGGUGGGAAUAGGGGUGUAUGACUUUGGCUGAGACAUCUGGGGCUGGUGAGGUUGUGUGACAUUGCAGUCUGUAUGCUUUAUGGAAAUAUGCUUAUGUAUAUGACAGAACUGGAAUUUGCUUUACACUAAAUACCCCUUGUGUGGUGUCAUUAGAAAGCUUGUAAUCUACAAAGUGUUCAUCCUAUUUGUUUGCAUGUAUUAUGUAUUAUCUGGAGGUAGGAGAAUAAGCUAUAAACUUGUAUCACUGACGUAAACAUAUUAAGUGGAGGCCAUUAAGGGUGCUCCAGAAACAAUCAGUUGUAAGUGGCCUAAGUUACUUGAAAGCCUUCCUGUGUACGUGUGGGCCAGCCCAUGGGGAAUGGAGACUAGGGGUCUUACAGUGACAUGUGACUGUCACCUGAAAAUGAAAUCCAUCUUAAACCUGGUUCUUUUCCAUUUAGAAGGAGGGGUGGGGACCCAGAGAGACAAAAGAUUCCUGCCUUGUGCCAAAGCUAUAAAAGGGGGUGGAGCAGGACAAAGGGGGCCAGUCAUGAGAAAUCCCCUGCUUACUACCUGAGAUGUCUGCUGGAACUAACACUACCUGGUGAAAGGAUUGGGCCCAGACUAGGAAGGAGUCUAAUCUGUGAAAGAAGUUUAUUGGAACAUCUCUGAGGGUGAGAUAUUACCUGUAAUCAAUUUCUUAAUGUAUUAGGCUUAGACUUGCGUGUUUUUGCUUUAUUUUGCUGGGUGACUUACUUUGUUCUGUCUGUUAUUACUUGAAACCACUUAAAUCCUGAUUUUUAUACUUAACAUAAUUUUUGUUUAUUAAUAAACCCAGAGUAAGUGAUGAAUACCUGGGGGAGCAAACAGCUGUGCAUAUCUGGGGAAGGGAUAGCUCAGUGGUUUGAGCAUUGGCCUGCUAAACCCAGGGUUGUGAGUUCAAUCCUUGAGGGGGCCAUUUAGGGAUCUGGGGCAAAAAAAAUUGGGGAUAGCUCCUGCUUUGAGCAGUGGGUUGGAUUAUAUGAUCUCCUGAGGUCCCUUCCAACUCUGAUAUUCUAUGAUCUCUCUAUCAGUGUUACAGAGGGUGGACAAUUUAUGAAUUUACUCUGUAUAAGCUUUAUACAGAGUAAAAUGGAUUUAUUUGGGGGUUUGGAUCCCAUUGGGAACUUGGUGUCUGGGUGCUGGAGACAAGUAAGCUGCUGAGCUGUUUUCACUUAAAGCCUGCAGCGUUUGGGGCGUGGUUCAGACCCUGGGUCUGUGUUGCAGCAGGCUAGCAUGUCUGGCUCAACAAGACAGGGUUCUGGAAGUCCCAAGCUGGCAGGUAAAACGGGCUCAGAGGUCAUUUCAGCAGAUCACAUGACAGUCCCAAGGGGGUCUCUGUGACGGAACCUGUGACACGGUGCCCUUCGUAACCUGAGACCCAGGAAUGGGGUGCGACCAGGUGACUCUUUGCCCAGGAAGCGAGAUAAAGACAAGGAGGAGGAGCAAUGGGGCUGUCUGACUUCGGGUCGCUGGAAGCUGGCAGUCUGCUUGGGGGAACUGGAAGAGAGGGAGUCCAGGGCAUCUGGCCCACGACUCCCCAAGAUGGACUUGGCCGAAAGUCACUGAUUUCUGUGCUAACAAGUUCUGUUGUAUGCCGUGUUCCUGUCGAAUAAUAAACCUUCUUUUUACUGGCUGGCUGAGAGUCACUGCGGAGCUGGGGGGCAGGGCCCUCUGGCUUCCCCAGGAGCCCCAUCCGGGUGGACUCGCUGCGGGAAGCACACGGUGUGGAAGGGGAUGCUGAAUACUUCGAGGUCAGACCCAGGAAGAUCGAAGUUGUGUAAGCUUCUUGCCCUGGUGACAGUGUGUUGAGAGAGAGGAGACAUGCUCCCCACAGAGUCCUGACUUGCUUCAUAUGGAGUAGUUCCAGAGCAUCGCCUGGUGACUCUGUGACUUGGGGGGACGGGGGAAGAGUGUGUGUUUUCAACCUCUGUGACACCUGAAGUGGUGAGUCGGAGGGAUUCUCACCUGCCAAAUUACCCCAGCAGUGUUUCCUCUUGUUGAGCCAUGUAGAAUUGAUCUUCUCCACUUUCUACAGUUCCACUGCUCAAUGUGUCCUAUGAUUCAGGGUUCUCAGCCCUCUGUUUAUGGAUCACAGUUUGUUUUCUUUGCUCCUAAAACAGUAAUUUAGGGCCUGAGAUGGAAGUAUCACAGACCUGGAUGGAGUAGCAGCCGUGUUAAUCUGUGUUCGCAAAAAGAAAAGAAGUACUUGUGGCACCUUAGAGACUAACAAAUUUAUUCGAGCAGAAGCUUUCGUGAGCUACAGCUCACUUCAUCGGAUGCAUUCAGACCUGGAUGGGGAAUUUGAAUGGAUCUGAAAUACAGUGAGAUCAUUUGGAGUUUAAAUCCCAGUUUCCAACUGCUGGCAAAGCCUGUUGUAGGACUUUUCCUACUGAGAUGGGAUUGUUUGCAGAUGGGGAGGCUGGCUGGUUGGUUUGUUUUUUGUUUUUUUCAAUUAUGAUGAUGCUAGAAGUUUUGUAAAUAGUAUGACUCAAUACUAAUGAGUGAAGGAGGUUUGAAUGGCUCAGAGGAGAAUGCAAUGGGAGAAUCUCUUGUCCUGAUUCUGAGUCGUGUAGCCAAUAGGACUAACCUGCUUGCUUGCAUAGAUAUAUUUUUUUCGUAUACGUUUAAGUAUUUGGUUUAUUGUAAUAGGUUUAGAGAUUUAUAUUAAAGUAAGCUUGGCUGUAACACAAGAGACCUAAAGGCCAUAUCCUGUAUGUUAAGCUUAGGGAAGUUAACACAUCUAUGUUAAGACCAUUUACCCAGAAAAGUAAAGUUAACCUAUAUCUUGUUACCUAAAUAAAUAAGUAUUUACACACAUGUCUAUAACCUUCUGUCUAGACCAACAGAUAAUGAAGAAUGGCAUAGAGGGGUUUUUUUUAAUGUGGUACCCACAGACUUAACAGGUACAUCACAAGGAAACUUAACGUGCGUAUAUAUGUGUCAUCAAUACGCACAAACCUACUAGCCUAUGGGGUAAGUAUACCCUAACGUUUGUGGGUGAGGAAUAAAAUUUGGGCAUAGGAGGGAGGAUUUCCGGCACUUGUGUCCUGUAAAAGAGGUUAGCCACCUCGCUAGAGCACUUCACUCCACUCCACUCUAUCAUUUUCACUUACUCUGUCUUACACUCACUCUAUCUAUUCUAUCUACAAUGGCUACUACUAUUGGUAGGCUAUACUUGUUCUUCUUAAACUUUAAGUUUCAAGGGAACUAGGCUAAGCUUGGUUUCCCUAAGCUUUUAUUCUUAGUUUUGUUUUAUUAGGGUUUAAGUUAGUCAAGUAAACCCUAAGUUAGCUCUUAGCAUUAGUUUUUCUAAGCUCUGCAUCAAGAAUUGAGAAACCUGAACUGCAAGGCUGGUCCUGUGUCUCUUACCCCCAGGUUAUCAAGGAAGGGUGUGAGUACAUUAACCAAAGCUUUGUAGCAUAUAAUACUAUAUUAUCAUAUGUAUCUUUUGAAUAGCAGUAAUGCAAUUGUAACUUUGUAAUUCUGGGUAUUUUACCAUUUACUUACUAUUAUAAAUUUUAAUAAAAACUCUUUAAGCCUA